AUGUCAAUACCAGAUAGUACUGCUCUACACAACCAAAAAAUUCUUGGAGCAUGGGAAAAUGGAACCGAUUACACAAUUCUCAGUCAGACAAGUGGUGAUACACAUCCAAUACAAGUCCACAAAGUGUCUCAGCUCCCUGAACAUCUCGAAUCACAUCUCUUAACUUUGCCUCACUAUGUAAAGGGAGACGUUUAUGUGAUUAUUUCGAUUUUAUCAGGCAAACUUAUUGCGUGCAUGUAUUACUCACGCAUAGUAGCGCCUUUAUUAGAUGCCAUGGGGGUUAAACACAAGGCACUAUAUACUUCAACUCGUCAUUCUAUAAAGGAAUUUGCUACCUGGAUAUCUGGAACUGUUAUCCUUCUAAGCGGAGAUGGGGGAGUGAAUGACCUGGUCAAUUCACUUAGAUGUCGUGUUACAUUAAUACUUUUCCCACUAGGAACGGGUAAUGCGCUAUUUAAUUCACACAUACAGGACGGAAUCCAAACUCUUCUUCGUGGGACCCCUCGGCCAUUGCCAAAUUUUCGCGUCUCUUUUCAGGAGGCCUUUAUAGACAACCAGGCGGUCAAGUCAAUACUUGGAGUAGUGGUUGCAAGCUAUGGCUUUCACCCCGUUUUGUUACACGAAUUCGAAAAAAAUCGUAGGCUCGACACAAGGCAAUUCGAUAAAUUAGCCCAAGAAUUGUUGAAAACGCCAAUGCAGUUUGUUGGAAAGGUUAACGGAGAGAAUAUGAAAGGAUAUGCGGCGGUAACCAUGGUUAAAAAACUAGAUGAUAGAUUCUGUGUCUCAGUGGAUAAUAGCUUUAGACUUAUUCAUCUCGAUACGUCAGAUUUGAUGAAAGGAUAUGUUGAGGGUUUAGGGGCAUGGAAAGUUGACAAAGUUGAACUUGAAGGAGUUUGUGGAAAGAUGUGUAUCGAUGGCUUACUUCUUGAUGUACAGGGUCGAGUGGUGAUUGAAGAGGUAGAGAGCGUUAUCGACUUGGUCACAUGA